UCCUGAUUUCUAGACAUCUAUAAAAUACAGACACUGAUGAUGCCACUUAACUCACAGAGCUGCAGUGAGAAAGGUGCAGAUGAGAUCAAGGCCUGAUAGUGUUCUGCAAACUAUAGUGAUGGAUGUGCAUAGUGUUGUGAAUAUCAGUGGCGGGUUUCCGGAACGCAGGUGGGAAUAAGAGUGAGUGAGUCAAUAAAGAAGAAAAUUGCCCCACUUCUUGAAGGGAGUUUUUGGGGCUGGGCAGCUCAGGGUACAGGGCAGGCAUAAAUAGUGAGUGCCUGCCAAGCAAAGGCUAGUUUGCUUGGAGCUCCUGGGGCCUAACAAGAAGAAACCUGCCAUGCUGCUCUUCCUCCUCUCUGCACUGGUCCUGCUCACACAGCCCCUGGGCUACCUGGAAGCAGAAAUGAAGACCUACUCCCAAAGAACAGCGCCCAGUGCUUGCACCCUGGUCAUGUGUAGCUCAGCGGAGAGUGGCCUGCCUGGUCGUGAUGGACGGGAUGGGAGAGAGGGCCCUCGGGGCGAGAAGGGGGACCCAGGUUUGCCAGGAGCUGCAGGGCAAGCAGGGAUGCCUGGACAAGUUGGCCCAGUUGGGCCCAAAGGGGACAAUGGCUCCAUUGGAGAACCUGGACCAAAGGGAGACACUGGGCCAAGUGGACCUCCAGGGCCUCCCGGUGUGCCUGGUCCAGCUGGAAGAGAAGGUCCCCUGGGGAAGCAGGGAAACAUAGGACCUCAGGGCAAGCCAGGCCCAAAAGGAGAAGCUGGGCCCAAAGGAGAAGUAGGUGCCCCAGGCAUGCAGGGCUCGGCAGGGGCAAGAGGCCCCGCAGGCCCUAAGGGAGAGCGAGGCAUCCCUGGUGAGCGUGGAGCCCCUGGAAACGCAGGGGCAGCAGGGUCUGCUGGAGCAGUGGGUCCUCAGGGAAGUCCAGGUGCCAGAGGAACCCCAGGAUUGAAAGGGGACAAAGGCGUCCCUGGAGACAAAGGAGCAAAGGGAGAAAGUGGGCUUCCAGAUGUCGCUUCUCUGAGGCAGCAGGUUGAGGCCUUACAGGUACAAGUACAGCACCUCCAGGCUGCUUUCUCUCAGUAUAAGAAAGUUGAGCUCUUCCCAAAUGGCCAAAGUGUCGGGGAGAAGAUUUUCAAGACAGCAGGCUUUGUCAAACCGUUUACAGAGGCACAGCUGGUGUGCACACAGGCUGGUGGGCAGUUGGCCUCUCCACGCUCUGCCGCUGAGAAUGCCGCCUUGCAACAGCUGGUCAUAGCUCAGAAUGAGGCUGCUUUCCUGGGCAUGACUGACUCCAAGACAGAGGGCAAGUUCACCUACCCCACAGGAGAGUCCCUGGUCUAUUCCAACUGGGCCCCAGGGGAGCCCAACGAUGACGGCGGGUCAGAGGACUGUGUGGAGAUCUUCACCAAUGGCAAGUGGAAUGACAGGGCUUGUGGAGAAAAGCGUCUUGUGGUCUGCGAGUUCUGAGCCAACUGGGGUGGGUGGGGCAGUGCUUGGCCCAGGAGUUUGGCCAGGAAGUCAAGGCUUAGAUCCUCGUGCUGCCAAUAUCCUAAUAAAAAGGUGACCGUCUGUGCCGGGGAG